AUGGUUGCAAUGUUUUCAUUUUUUUGUGAAGCUGCUGAACCUAUUUUUAAUAAUUGUUUUUCUUCCACAAAUGGUGGUUAUGAUUAUUUAAUGUUUCCUACUGAAAAUCGACGGAAACAUGCAAGUUUGUAUCGCAAAGUUAGUAUUGCUAAUAAAUGUUCUGUUGUGAGUAUUCCACAAAUAAAUUUUGCACGUUUUUCUGGCAGAAUUUCUCGAACAUGUUCUGUUUCUAAUGUUGAAAGACUACAUAAAUCAUCUUCUGCGCCUCCUUCCGAAAAUUUUUCUGUUAAAGAAGAAUGUGUAAAUAAUUUUUUAUAUUCUCGUCCAAAUUCUUUUCAUAAAUUAAAUGUAAGAAGAAAAUCGUCAGUAAAUUCAAGAAGUCGGACGAGAAUUGAUUUGAGGAAUGACGGAUCGACUGAAAGGAAAACUAGCGGAUUUGGACGAUUAUUGCAUUUCUUCGAAUCUAUCAACCCUCUCAAUGGCUUUAAAGACAAAGACGAUUUUGAGGAAUACCUGUACAAUAGGUCUAGCAAAAUUGAACCAAAAAAUGGAGAAAUACCUAAUCCGAAGCCCAAACAUUCACUUGAGGCUUUGAAGUCGCCAGGAGUUCGACAACAACAAAAAACUCCAACCAGCGCAAAUGCACCUAGCGCUACACCAACCCAGCUUCGAGCAUCAAAAAGCUCUACCAAAUCUUCUGUUUCAUCACCACGAUCUCCAAACCAACCUGGAACAACGGAUAGCGGUAGUGGCAAUUUACUCUCACCAUCACAUAUGAAUGUCCCGUUUUGGAGCAGCCCACCUUCCGGUUCUUCGACUAAUUCCCCAGCUUCUUUAAUGACUACAGAAGAUCAAAACUUUGCUGUUGUUGAUAUAAAUCCUGGCCAGUUCCCUCGUUGGUUAGCUGAUACAACUAGCAGUGGACGUGUCAAUCCAGCAUUCAUUUCCGAAUAUGUACCAAGUGCUGCAGCAGCCGCAAUGUUGCCUUCAGCCCUCUCACACAGCUCCAACGAAUCACCGCCACUUUCAUCAUCUCCAGGCGUUAAUUCCUCCACCUAUCCUCAUAGUAGGAGAAAGCCGCCUGUCCCUCUAUGUAUAGGUGAAUCUCAUUUUACCUUUCCACCACCGCUUCCACAACAACAACACCCUCAAUUUGGAGGAACUUUUCGUAAACCUCCAGCACCACCUCCACAACACCAUCAAAAUAUUCAACAUCAUCAAUCAAGUGAAGAACCAAGUCCAUCUUUUCUUUCGCCAACAUCUGCUUUUCCUUUGGCAAAGCCGCCAUCUGCUCGGAAGAAGUUGCCUUCAGAAGGUUCUCAAGGUGAAGUUGGCGAUGAAAAAUCUUCGGUGGAUUCUCCAGUUGAACUUCCUCCAAAAUUGCCUCCUCGUUUAAAUUUAUUAACUAAAGAAGCAUCAACAGAGGCAACAGCUCCCCCAAGGCCUCCUAAAAAACUUGCAGCAUUAAAUUCAGGCAAAAGUCCAACAUGUGAAAACCAACAAAAUUUAUCAAUUUCAUCAACAACAGCUUCACCAUUUGAUUCUGAAGCAAUAGCUCCACCAUUGCCUCCAAAACCAAAAGGAAUGAAAAAGUGA